AUGACCUCCAAAGUUUUCAUCGUCACCGGUGCCAGUAAAGGCAUUGGCGCCGCCAUCACUCGAUACCUCCUGGGACAAUCCCACAAGGUGGUUGUCACGGCUAGAUCAUCUGAGUCCCUUGAGGGAUUCAAAAAGUCGCACCCUGAUCAGGUCCAAUUCAUCGCGGGAGACAUUGUUGACCCUGAGAUGCCCACCAAGCUGACGGAACUCGCCGUGUCCUCGUUUGGCAAAAUUGACGGCCUUGUCAUCAACCACGGCCUCUUGGCUCCCAAGCGAUUUGCUGACACAACCGCCGAGGAGUGGAAGCACAUUUACGACGUCAAUGUCUUUAGCGGCAUUGCCCUGGCUCAAGCAGCACUUAACGAGCUCCGGAAGUCCAAGGGAUGCAUCGUGUGGGUGUCAUCAGGGGCAGCAACAAAACACUACAAAGGAUGGGCAAGCUACGGUUCAUCUAAAGCUGUCUACAACUCCAUCUCGGCCCACAUUGCCCUCGAGGAGCCCGACAUUACCAGCGUAGCCGUCGCGCCAGGACGCGUCGAUACUGACAUGCAGGGCGUUCUGAGGACCGAGGGUAAGGAUAGCAUGGACGAGGCGCAGUAUGCUACCUUUGCCGAGGCCAAGGAGAAGGGCACCUUGCUCAAGCCGGAGCAGCCGGGACAUGUCAUGGCCAAGUUCGUGGCAGACCCGCUCAAGUCUCUGAGCGGAAAAUUCUUCACAUGGAACUCACCAGAAGUUGCGGCGUAUCAAGAGUAG